ACCCAUUUGCUGAUUUCAGUGAUUUCCUUUCCGCCAUUUUUCUCGUUCCUUCCUCAAGUUCCUCUUAGCAUUUCUUUAUAAAGGAAGAGGAGGUUCCUUCAUGUCUACUAACAUACAGGGAGAGAGAAUGGAGGACGAGCAGCACCUACUGUCUGGUCGCUCCUCCAAGGGCCCCAGUGCCUCCUGUAAACUGAUAGUAGCUCUAGCCAUACUGAUACCCACAGCACUCCUCCUUGCUGCUCUAGCCGCCAUUGCUGUACUAAGCGUCAGGAUAACUCACCUACAGGCCACCUCCAGCAGUAACUCACAGACUAACGUUUGUACCAGCCCCAGUUGCAUCAAACUAGCUUCAAAUGUCCUCCAGUUCAUGAACACUAGCGUUGAUCCCUGUCAGGACUUUUAUAAUUACUCCUGUGGAGGAUGGGAGGCGGCUAACGUGAUACCCUCUGGUUACGGAUCUUGGGGGCUCUUUAAUGAGUUGAACCAGCGGAACAACAUUGCAAUAAAAAAGCUCCUUGAUGGAAUGAAGUUGAGUGACGUGGAUGCUGUGAAAUUGGCUAGGAAACUUUAUGAGUCCUGUAUGGAUACUGACGGACUCACUGCUAAAGGAGCGGAACCGAUUAGGAACCUUUUGAGUCUCACGGGAGGCUGGGACCUUGUCGGAGUUAUGAAUAGCUCCGCCCCCCAGUGGUCGCUAUUCUCAGCUGAUUUCAGGUCCUCUAAGUCUUACGGUAAUGAUGGGUUCUUCUCUUUUGGUAUUUCAGUAAACGACAAGAACUCAUCACAAUACAUUCCAGUGUUAUCCCAGUCUGGACUGACGCUACCAAGUCCUGAUUCCUAUACUGAUCCCAGUGCAGCCAAUGUGACCAUCCCAGCCUUGAAGCAGUUCAUAGUGUCAAUACUCUCACUGAUUAAUAAUACUAAUGGAGGGACUGGAGCAGCUGCUGCUGGUAGUGGAUUUGAACAAGUUGCAGAUCAGAUAAUAGACCUGGAAACCAGCCUUGCUGAGAUAUUUGUCAGUAACGUUGCCCUGAGAGAUCCUCAAGCUACUUACAACCUGUACAACCUGACGGAACUGGCUAACUCAACACUCUGGACACAAUUUAAUUGGACCCAGUACAUACUUGAAAGCUUCAAAGCAGCUCAAUUAGGAGACAUAGGGUCUGAUGAUAUUGUAAUUAAUGUCAGGACCCCCUCGUACUUUAAAAACCUGUCACUAGUAUACAUUAAUUAUAAUGAAAGUGUUCUUGAGAAUUAUUUCAAGUGGCACCUGGUCCUCCAGUAUAUAGAGUACCUUGGCAACCAGUUCCUGUCUCCGUAUUACCAGUAUACCACCAGCGUACUGGGCAGUGGUAAGACGGAGAGGUACUUAACCUGUGUCAGUUCACUGGAGGACAUCGUACCAAUGACAGUAUCAAGACUCUACACUGACUAUGUACUAGCACCUGGUACUAAAGGUAAUAUCAGUGAGAUGGUGUCACAGAUUAAAACUGCCUUUCAAGAAAGACUGUCCAAGAAUACAUUCCUUGAUUCAGUUACUAAACAAAGAUCAAUAUGGAAGGUUGGUAACAUAUCUCAGAUGAUUGCCUAUCCUGAUGAAAUCAGUGAUAAUAAUUAUUUACUUAAUAAAAGUGCUUCUGUAGUACAAGCUAGUGGCCAGUACUUCAUGUCAGCUGUUAAUCAUGUGAUUAACGGUAACACUGAGAACCUUCAGAAGCUGGGGAAACCAGUCGUUAAAACAGAGUGGGAGAUAGCCCCUACUGUAGUUAAUGCUUACUAUGAACCACUUUAUAAUGAGUUUGUAUUUCUUGAAGGCAUUUUGAAUUCUCCAUUCUUUGAUGCUGGCUGGCCUGAUUAUUUCAAAUACGGUGCUUUUGGUGUAGUGGCAGGUCAUGAACUUACCCACGGCUUUGACGAUCAAGGCCAGCAGUACAAUCAAGAUGGUGUCCUCACCCCAUGGUGGACUAAUACUUCAGUUGCUAAAUUCAAAAAUAAAACUAAAUGCUUUGUAGAGCAAUAUUCACAAUAUUCAAUGUUUGGAUAUCACAUCAAUGGUGAGUUAACCCAAGGUGAGAAUAUUGCUGAUAAUGGAGGAGUAAAGACUGCCUUUCAAGCAUAUAAGAAUGUGGCUGGUACGACCACACCUCCUAGUCUACCCUCUGUUGAUCUUAAUCCUGAUCAGCUCUUCUUUGUAGCGUUUGGUCAGGUGUGGUGUUCACUAUUCUCUCCUCAGUUUAUUGCCUCUAAUUUGAAGACCAACCCACACAGUCCAGGACCUUACAGGGUUAUAGGUGCCCUCUCCAAUAGUGAGGAGUUCUCUUCUACUUUCAAAUGUGCUGACAAUACACGAAUGAAUCCUAGCAAUAAGUGUGACCUCUGGUAGCCAUAGCAACUACUAGCUGCUGCUGAAAGUAACUAACUAAUAUUAUUAAUUAUGUCAUUAUAGUAUUAUUUUAAACAUUAAUUAGCCGCCAUAUAUUAGAACAAUUAUUAUUUUUGUUAGUUCUUCCUUUAUAUAAAUUUUGUACAUUUAAUUAUUGUAUUUAGAGUAUUUGUGUUAGUAAUUAUUCAUUUAGUGACUAGUACUGCUACUGUA